AAGGUUUGAUAUACUUUUGACCAUAUAAUGUAGUGUUGACUUACUCAUGGUUUAUCUUUUGUUGUCUAUCUUCUAUUAUCUCUACAGAGUUUCUCCACUGACAGCUGCCCAACCCUUGCUGAUAAAGACCUUGUCCGCUCUAUGGACAACCAAACUGUUCAUUUUGAAUUUGAACUUACUGGUUUCCCAGGAGUCUCUCAGAACUUCUAUAUCUUAACGUCAUUCCUUUUAUUUAUUAUGUACAACAUAAUGUUUAUCACCAAUGGCGCCGUUUUCAUUGUGAUCCUCCUAAAGGAGAAGCUGCACAAGCCUAUGUACCUUCUAAUCGCUAACUUAGCAUUUUCUGCCUUUCUCUUCGACACGGCUACCUUGCCUAAAAUGAUUGGCAAGUAUUGGUUAGACGGCGGAAAAAUAUCUUCCCUCGCCUGCUUUGUACAAAUGCAUCUGGUCCACUGGCUGGCUAUAAUGGACUCUCUAAUCCUCACAUUGAUGGCGUUUGACCGGUACAUUGCUAUCUGCAAUCCACUGAGGUAUUCAUCUACAAUUACCUACAAACUGACCAUGUAUGCCUGCAGUUCUAUGUGGUUCUGCUCAGAUAUUAUCUUAAUAGACACCAUAAUAAUUGCACAAUAUCCAUUCUGUGGUUCCAAUAAGGUCGUAAGCUUCUACUGCAGCAGCUCAAACAUCUUGCGCUUGGCUUGCGCCAACGUUACCUCUACUAGAGAAGUUCUUUCCACUGUUGGCUUGGUGGUGCUUUUUGGGACUCUAGCCCUGAUCAUUUUAUCCUAUGUCGCAAUCUUGCUUUCUGUCCUUUCAUUGAAACAUUGGAGUGGCUGGAGAAAGGCGUUCCAUACUUGUGUUACACACUUAUUUGUCAAUGCCCUGUUUUAUGUCCCGCGGGUCUUUGUCUACCAAGCCAGUUAUCUAAAAUUGGUCCUCAGUCCCGACCUGGCUGUCUUCCUCAUUGUCUUGCAAUCCUAUCUGCCGCAUUUAGCCAACCCUUUUAUAUACUGUCUGAGGACCGAGGAGAUCAAGAACAUUAUUUCCAGUACUUUAAAAGAAAUGUUAAAUUGGAAGCAUAAUUGA